UUGUUAAAUUGCCGGGUGCCGCCAAAAACAACUCGCAGAACAGAACCAACUGUUUUGGUCCGCAGAUUGUAUUUUAGGUAAAAUUAAAUAAUCACAUUGUUUUCUUAAAGCUUCAAAAAAUGCCUGAAUCUCGUAUUAACGAAGGCGCUUCUGGUUCCGGUUCUUCGAAGGACUCUGCUGCCAGCAAAAAGAAAAGUCUGCCCUGGAUCGAGAAGUACCGACCACAAAAAUUCGAGGAAAUCGUUGGAAACGAGGACACCGUUAGCCGGCUCGGUGUUUUUGCCACCCAAGGGAAUGCUCCGAACAUCAUCAUAGCCGGCCCUCCUGGGGUAGGCAAAACAACCACGAUCCUCUGUCUGGCAAGAAUCCUUCUGGGAGAGAACUUCCGGGAGGCAGUACUUGAACUCAACGCAUCGAACGAACGUGGCAUCGAUGUGGUGCGAAACAAGAUCAAAAUGUUCGCUCAGCAAAAGGUGACACUGCCCCGGGGACGACAUAAGAUUGUGAUUCUGGAUGAGGCUGACAGCAUGACAGAAGGCGCCCAACAGGCGCUGAGAAGAACCAUGGAAAUCUACAGCAAUACGACCCGCUUUGCUUUGGCCUGCAACACGAGUGAGAAGAUCAUCGAACCAAUCCAGUCUCGUUGCGCCAUGUUGAGAUUUUCCAAGCUCUCGGACGCACAGGUUCUGGCCAAGCUGAUCGAAGUAUGUCAGAAGGAAGGAUUGAGUUACGAUGAGGAUGGGUUGGAAGCAAUUGUGUUCACAGCUCAGGGUGACAUGAGACAGGCGCUCAACAAUCUACAAUCCACGGCGAACGGGUUCGGACACAUCAGUGGAGUGAAUGUAUUCAAGGUCUGUGACGAACCGCAUCCAAUGUUGGUGCAAGAUAUGUUGGAGCAUUGCAUUAAGGGUGAUAUCCAUAAGGCAUACAAAGUCAUGGCCAAGUUGUGGCGACUGGGAUAUGCCGCAGAGGAUAUUAUCGGAAAUGUGUUCAGGGUUUGCAAACGAAUCAACAUGAACGAGAAGCUAAAGUUGUGCUUCAUCCGGGAGAUUGGAGAGGCGCACAUGAAAAUCGUGGAUGGACUUAACUCGCUGCUUCAAAUGUCUGGAUUGUUGGCCAAAUUGUGCGAAGUUUCCUACGACUACUCGUAAGUUAUUACUUUUGAUGAAUAAGAUAAGUUUAAUUUUUACGAAUGAA